CCUCUUUGGUUCACAGCCUCAUCGCCACCCAAAUGGGUCUUCUUUCCUGGUUCAAGGGCAAGCCACAGGCGCAACCCGAAUCCAAGCCUAAAUCCGCCUCGAAACUCGAAACCUCGGUGGCUGAGGUUCCUGGAAUGAACGGUGCCGUAGAGGUUCCCAGACCAGCUGUUGGUGUCACUGUAUUUGAGUUCGGGUCGGUCGCUGCAACCGGAGACAAAGUGACUCUCGCUGGCUUCUGUCCCGUUUCUGAGGACCUCGAGCCCUGCCGCUGGGAGCUUCUUCCUGCUAUUGGCGACGAUGCGCCGCAGUUCCGCGUAGUGUUCUGAGUGAAGGAAAACAAUCUGUAACUAGAUGACUUCAAUGGAUGCAACUGAAGGGAUGAUCUUGUCCAUGUUGGUGGGUGAAAAAAAAAAUUGCAAAUCCAACCACGUUGGUUCGUGUCUGUAUUUUUAGUGUUUUGAAUCCCAUUAGCUGCAGUUGAUUGUCUAAAGUACUUGAACAAGACAAUGGAAAUGUCUCAAAAUCAAAUGGAACAAGUAUCCAUAAUCUUGAUAAUGUAUUAGAGUUUGUUAUAUUUUUGCACUAUUGAUUUUGCUCUACCUUGUUAUGGAUAUUGUUUUGCUACAGAUGGGAUUGGGCUCGUGGUUUUAGCACC